GCAACAGCCAGCGCCACUACCGCAGCUUUUUAGGGUCCUGCAUUCUUCCCCACUGCUAGUCGCGGCACGGCACCACCGAGCCCACCAACGACGACACCCCCAAGACCUCCAAGUCAGCCUCCAACUGCACUGGGACUGGGCUGCUUGCGACCUGGUGGAGGCCCUCCAACUCUACCGUCCAUCCUUUCAGUUCAUCUCACCUCUCCAAGACUCGACUCGACUCAGACUCACCUCCGGUCAAAGGUCAAGGAAGCGAAGCUAGUGGAUGCCCCGAGCACCCCGACAGAUUGACGCCACUGAAAGGUACAGCAAAGGAAAAAGGGACCCCUCCCUCAAAGGAAACACACACCAAAGUCCACUGAGGAGCCCCCUGUGGACCACUACGCCGGGCCUUACUGGGGCGAUUUUCAUUGUUUAUUGGUCGGCGUGUUUCUUGAAGACUCAGAACCUGUCGCCAAUUGCUCGAUUUGGAGUUUAGUCUCCCUCGUUACUCAGAUGCCUUCAGCGAUUCCGGUGGCCCCUGCAGGUCGCCGACAAUCAAAACAGUCCGGACUGUUAAAAUCUGUGAUGCAUAACCUUCUUGGUGUAUCACCUCCUUCGCCAGCGCUACCCGCGCAACAUUCGUCUGUAGCGCCACAGACAUCCUCAGAUUCUCUACCACCUACAUCGAAUCCUAGCUCGAAUCCUACCUCACACCCAACUUCAGAUCCUUCCUCGAAUCCAAACAACCCAAAUAACUACGCGGUUCUUCCUCCACCAGCAGAUGGUGACCAUGACCAUCUUCCUCCUCCAGCAAAUGCACCUUCCUCGUUGGCUGUGGCGCUGCGAUCGCUAAACGAUUUGACCGAAACCCCCACAUAUGCGCGAAGCGUCACUUCAACAGCGCCGAGCUCGCCACGCAUUCCUCCGCUACGACAGAAUUCUGGUCAUCAAACACCACGAGUCCGACCACAUGCGACAACGCUCAACAUCCCGGGCAUGACCCGGUCAAGAGUCUCACCCGAUGGAAGAAUUCCUUCUCGUGAUGUUGCCGCAAAGCUUGUUAUUGUCAUGGUUGGCUUGCCAGCCCGAGGAAAGUCUUACAUCACCAAGAAACUUCAAAGAUAUCUUUCUUGGCAGCAGCAUGAUUCUCGCAUCUUCAAUGUCGGAAACCGAAGACGUGUAGCUGCCGGACGCAGGGUUUCUGUCCACCCUAAGUUGCAGCCUGAGCCGGAACACAUGGAUCCUCCUGUGCACGCGGCUUCCAUUUUGCUAAAUGGCAACCCUGCACCCUUUGGUCCCGAGCAGGAUGAGCCGGAGAAGCUUGAUUUGAACGAUGCCGCUCAAUCCGAGGUGGACCAGUCCGCUACGUUCUUUGAUCCCAAGAACCAAACUGCCGCGGCCAUGCGUGAGCAGUGUGCUAUGGAUACUUUGGACGAGCUGCUGGACUACCUUCUCGAUGGAGGCGGCGCUGUCGGCAUUCUCGAUGCCACAAACAGCACUAUCGAGCGAAGAAAGAACAUCACCAACCGCAUCAAGCAGAGGGAGCCUAAGCUGGGUAUUCUUUUCAUUGAGAGUAUCUGUCAAGAUCCUACUCUUCUGGAGGCGAACAUGCGGCUGAAGCUGUCUGGUCCUGACUAUCGUGACAAGGACCCUCAGAAGUCACUGGAAGAUUUUAAGAAGCGAGUCGCCGCAUACGAGAGUGCGUACGUUCCUCUUGGUGAAUACGAGGAAAAGCACGACUUGCAAUACAUCCAGAUGAUUGAUGUCGGCCGAAAACUGAUCCAGCACCGUCUCAAGGGUUUCCUCAGCAGUGGUAUUAGCACUUACCUCGCUAGCUUCAAUCUUGCCCCUCGACAGAUCUGGAUUACCCGACAUGGCCAGAGUGUCGACAACGAGCUUGGACGAUUGGGUGGAAACUCACCACUUACGGAGCGCGGCCAUUGCUACGGCCAAGCUCUUCACAACUUCAUCACAUACCAGCGCAAGCACUGGCUUAUUGAGCAGAAAAGCAAGAAAGCUCAGGCUACUUUCCCUCCUGUGCCCGGUGACAACACACCUCCCUACCCUGAAAUGUAUCGGGAGAUUGAGGACAAGAACUUUUGUGUCUGGACUUCGAUGCUCGAUCGUAGCGUGGACACAGCUGAGUACUUCGAGGCCGACGAUGAUUACGAUGUCAAGAACUGGGAAAUGCUCAACGAAAUGAACGCGGGCCAGUUCGAGGGUAUGACAUAUGCGGAAAUCGCACAGAAGGAGCCCGAGGAAUUCUCCAAGCGAGCGCACGACAAGCUCAACUACAUCUAUCCUGGAGUUGGCGGUGAAGGCUAUCUGCAGGUCGUGAGCCGUCUGCGCGACAUGGUUCGGGAGGUUGAGCGUAUUGAAGACCAUCUUCUUAUCAUUGGACAUCGCUCUGUUUGUAGAGUACUGAUGGCCUAUUUCAUGGACUUAUCCCUGGCGGACAUCACAGACAUGGACAUUCCCCUUGGCAUGCUCUACUCUAUUGAGCCCAAGCCUUACGGCCUUGACUUCCAUGCUUACCGAUACAAUGAAGAUCAGGGCUGGUUUGACGAGCUCCCCAACUACAAACCUACAAAGACGGCUCGUAACAGCAUCAUCAAGCCACAGCAUUAAUCGCUUCCGGCCGUUUGCCGAUUUCAACCGGCUUGUACAACAUAUUUACUCUAACUACUACGAUUUGACAUUUCCUUCAUGGAUCUUUUUCUUUUGGCGUUAUAGCGGGGAUAUGAUAUUAUACGAAUGACGCGCCAAAAGAGGGACUAUCCACACUAUCAAUGGAACGGAAUGGCAUCAUACACAAAACAACAAAGGAAGGGCUGGCGUUUUCCGUUCGAUUGAUAAAGGGAGAUACCUCCGAUGUUGCGACGCAAUUAUUUGCAUCGGUUAUUUCAAUUAGGCGUUCAGGGGGUUAGGAUUCUUCUCAUAUUAAAUGAUUGAGACUGUAUGGAUUUGGGCGGUUCUGGUCGAGUCAUGUACCAGCUUAUGUUUGGAAGUUGUCGGUCUCGACCUACGGUGUUACGUGUUGUGUUUUAUCCCUAUUGUCUCCU